AUGUCGAACCGUUCUCGCCAGCGCCUGUUCACGGCAGUGCUGCAAACAUCCGCUUGCGUCACGUUCGAGCGUCUGUCGUCUCGUCUUCUUAUUGACAAUUUGUUGACUGACACGCAUGCAAAGGUCAUUGGCGGCGGCGUCGUCGGCCUCGCCGUAGCACGUGCCCUGGCGGAGCGGGCAGCAGCGGUCGCGCCUUCCUCGUCUGCAUCGCCGGCAUCGUCGGUGCUCCUGCUCGAACGCCACAACACCGUCGGUACCGAAACCUCUGCCCGCAACAGUGAGGUCAUCCACGCCGGCCUUUACUACGGCGCCGACUCCCUCAAAACCCAGCUCUGCAUCCGCGGCCGGCAGCUGCUGUACGCCUUUUGCGACCAGUACGGCGUGGCCCACCGUCGCACCGGCAAGUGGAUUGUGGCCCAGACGCCCGGCCAGCGCGCGUCCCUCGAGAGGAUCUAUGCCUUUGGCCAGGCCUACCACGACCGCGACGCCGUUCCUCUGCGCUGGGUCGGGGCCGCCGAGGCCAAGGCGCGCGAGCCCGCGGUGCGUGCGGAGACGGGCGUGCUCGAGAGCCUGGCGACGGGCAUCGUCGACAGCCACGGCCUGAUGCAGACGCUGCUGGGGCUGUUUGAGCAGGCAGGCGGCGUGCUGGCACCCGGGUCGUCCGUUGUGAAGAUUACGCCGCUGCCGCCGGUCGGCAGUGCCAGUGCCUCCCGGCAGCCAGGCGACGGCGGCUGGCAGCUGCACGUCAAGACGUCGUCGGCGACGGACGCCGAAGAGACAGUCGUGACGGCCGAGACGAUUGUCAAUGCCGCCGGCCUUGGCGCUGCUGCUGUGCACAACAUGAUUACGCAGCGAAACGGCGCGGCCGACAAACCAGAGCCCAUGACGCUCUACUACGCAAAGGGCAACUACUUUUCCUACGCCCACAGCCAGCCGCGCGUGUCGACGCUCGUGUACCCAGCCCCGGAGCCGGGGCUCGCUGGUCUCGGCACACAUCUGACGCUCGAUCUGGCCGGCCGUAUCCGGUUUGGGCCCGACGUCGAGUGGGUGGACGACCCGACCGACCUGGCUGUCAACGCGCAGCAGCUGCCCCGGGCCAUUGAGGCCAUCAAGACCUACCUGCCGGGCAUCGACCCAGCAGCGCUGCAGCCCGACUAUGCCGGUAUGCGGCCGAAGCUGGUCAGCGCGGGCCAGGGGGCGGCCGACUUUGUUGUCCGUAGCGAGCCGGGCUACCGUGGUUGGGUCAACUUGCUGGGCAUUGAGAGUCCCGGGUUGACGAGCAGUCUGGCGAUUGGAGAGAUGGUGGAGAAGAUGGUCUAUUCAAACUGA